GCCCCCGCCCUCGCGGAACCGCCGCCGCAGCGGUUCCUCCGCCCCCCACCGUCCUCCGCUCCUCCUGACCCGCCCCUCGCUCCUCCUCCACCCCGCGACCUCCUCCUCCGCCCCCCGCGCUCCGCUGGUCGCUCGCGCAGCCGCGGGUCCGGCCGCCGCGCUCGGCAGUCCUCCCCGGCUCCCUGCCCAUCCUCGCGCCGCCGCGGGUCCUCGACGCCGGCCUCUCCCUCUCCCUCUGUCCGACGCCCCCUCCCCCCACGCCGUUCCUUUCCCUCCGUCCUGGUCGAUGCUCCCUCCCCGCUCGCCGCUCCCUCCCCGGACGACGAUCCUCUCCGUGACUGGCGGUCCCCGUGCCAUCCCUCUCCCUCCGUGCUUCGGUCGCUGAUCCGCUCCGUGCCGCCGCCGAGCCGCGCCGUGCCCGGACGCACGUCCCCGGCCGCCGAUCUGCGCGCCGUCCUCGGCCCCCGCUCCGCUCCGUCCCCGGGGCCGCGACGCCGCGCCGUUUGGCGAUCCGCGCCGUCCCGGCGUCGGCGUCGUUGCUGCUCCAUCCCGCUGCCGCAGUUGCCUUGGGAUAGAUUGCAGGACUGAAGCCGCAAGGCUCCGCAUCAUCCACGCAUGGAUGACCUCGCCCCCACACGUCGUCCUCCCCGGUGCUGCUCUCUGCUUGGCAUGAGAUGCCAACAACCGUGGCCUUAGAUUGUUCAUCCAAAGGCCUGGAAUCCACAGACUUCUCUUUCGACCAGCACAUUACUCCAGUCCAGUUUGACAGUCUGAUUCGAGAUGAUUUGAAGGAAGACAAGCCAAUGCAACCUUCAUUGCAUAUGAGGGGCGGUUAUGUUUCAUAGUUGGUAGUGGCUCUGUGCUGCCGAGCCGGGUGAUGCCUCCGCCAUGUGUCAAGAAUCCGUAUCUGGAUACAGAUCCAUGUAUAGAUGAUCAUGCUUACGGUGGGAGUCAAUGCAACUCAGCAGGGUUUUCUCCUUCAAUUGGUGGCGAUGUCUUUCAUGUUACCGGACUGAUUUUCAUGAAAUUGAGUCACUUGCUUAAUUCCCAAAAAAUUGGUCAUGGGAACUUCAGUGUUGUGUUCAAAGUUCUGAUCAGGAAAGAUGGGUGCUUGUAUGCAGUGAAGUGGAGCAUCAAACAAUUGCAUAAUGAUAGGGAAAGGAAGCAAGCAGGGAAGGAAGUCCGAGCUAUGGCAGCCUAAGGUUCUCAUGAGAACAUAGUUCGAUAUUUCACCUCUUGAGAAUGGGCAACUUUAUAUUCAGAUGGAGCUAUGUGAUCGAUGUCUUCUAUGAAUCGAAACCAGCCACUGAAGGUGGGGAAGCAUUGAAAUUGUUGUAUAAUAUUAUCUGAUAUGCAAUCAGAAGUACUCUAGGAUACUACUGAAUUCAACUUUAGUGAUUUCUCCCCCUUCCGAGACCAACUUCAGCUGUUUCUGCGGCAACAUUCAACUAAAUGUCAGGCUGUUGCUUUGCUUUAUCUUGAGUUCAAUUCUUGUCAAUGUGUUUUCUUUGCUGGCUUAUGUUACGGCAAUGCAGACUUGCUUUUGUUUGUCACAUGUGUUUAUCAUUAUGUUCCAUUCAGCAAGCAAGUUUAGCAUGAGAACUAAAUUCUUGUCAAUGUGUUUAUCAUUAUGUUCCAUUCAGCGAGCAAGUUUAGCAUGCAACACUUAGAUGGAAUGUUAUUCACUGCAGAAUUUGGACCACUUAGUACUUACUCCUAGAAGCAUUUUUUGUCAGCAUUUCUGGUUUUCUUACUUGAAAGCAUGAGGUAUUGUCCUUUUCAAGUCCCUACUGCUUAUCUUAAGUAGACAUGCUUUGGAAAUAUGGUUGAUUCUUAAUUUAUUCUGGUUUCAAAUAAGCAUAAGGUUCAUUGACAUCUAUGAAUUUUAGAUUCUUGAGAUGGACACCUAUAGAUACCAUGGGCUCUCUAUGUCAGAUCCAGGUAGCACCUACCGGCUACCGCACUAGGGAUGAGAUUGCAGGGAUAAGAUAGGUCAGGUUGGCAACUGCCUUGCCACUUCAAAAAUAUGUUCCUCUGAGGAUGGACAUUCUGAUUGAUUUUCUAUGUUUCGCUAUUGUUUAUUCAUGCUUGCUUAAAUAGUGUUAUGUAAAAUUAAUGCCGGUGAAACUCAUUUAGUUCAAAAUAUUUUGUUGCUAGGAUCAAUAUUAUGUUUUUUCAUACUUUCUAUAUUUUAUUGAAAUUUCUUUUGCUACCCGUAGCAACACACGGGUAUGAACCUAGUUGACCAGUACGCCUAUAAAUACAGCACCGUCGUUCCACGAUCAGCACAGCACCGCAGAAAAAUCCAUGGCAGCAGAGUGGGAGUGGCCUUCUCCUUCCUCGGAUGCUCUUUUCCUCACGGCGAGUUCGUGAGACAGAGAAGAGAGAGAAGGGGGGUGGCCUCGGGCCCUUGGCCUUCUCCUUCCUGGGCUUUCGCGCCUCGUGCCCCACCACACCUUUUCGAACUCGAGCACACCCACGCGCCCGUGCCACACCGCAAACGGAGCCACCCUCACGCGCUCCUCGCUCUUCCACCGUCACUGACACUAUGCCCCGCAUCACGCUGUGGCCCAGGUGCAGGCAGGUGGAGGUGGUCCUCGCAGGUCCACGGCCCCCUGCAGCACCGCACUUCCAUAUGGGGCCCAGCCGGACGGAGUGCCCCACAGUUCAAAAUCUGAAUUCGUCAGGAGAGAGAAAAGGUCUCCAAAGCCUGGAGGAGGCGAGAGGAGCAGAAGCGGAGGCGGAAACGGAAGAGAUGUUGCGCGGCGGCGGGUCGCGUGCCUCGGCGAAGCCCCGACGUCCCCACUCCCGCCAGCGGCAGCCAUCCCCGCCCGCCCCGUCGCGCCGAGCAAACGGGGCUGCCGGUGCGCCCGAAUCGAAGGGACCGUCGGCGUUGGAGGCUCCGGUGGUGUCUUCCGUGGAAGAAACAUCAUUCACUUUUGAAUUUGAGCGAGGAUUUAAAAGGGCAAAGAAGGCAAUGCGGCCGAGCAUGGAUGCACCAAGAGGAGAAGACCACAUAAAAAAGGGCUUCCCUAACAAGUCAGAUGCUGUUCCUGCAAAGAAAGAGGCACCGAAGCAAGUGGAGUUCACCCAUUGCUCGCCUGGCAUCGUUGCUAGGCUGAUGGGCCUUGAUACGGUGCCUCGCCCCAAAAAGGUUCUUGACCGGUGCCAGAGUGACACCCAAGCUAAUCUGCAACAACACUUGUCUGGGUUUGUUCAAAAAGUGGCCUCUGCUUCAUCUGAAGAUCAGCCAUGUAACGUCAGUUCUGAUGAGCUACCGGAAUUGAAGGAUGUUUUUGAGGUGACAGAGAUGGAGAACAUGGUGAUGCAUGAGCUUUUGCAGCCUCGAAAUGAGGAGCAAUAUCUGAGGAACUUGGAGGCUGAUCUGGAAUUUGUGAGGCAAAAGUUCUUGGAUGCGAAGCGCCUUGCCACUGAUGAACGGCAUAGGAACUCUAAGGAGUUUAGUGAAGCACUUGAGAUACUCCACUCCAAAAAGGAUGCUUUCCUUGAAAUCCUUGAGGAAAACAGAAUUGCAGUGUCAGGAUUCUCAGGACACAUCCUUAGUCACAGUGGGUUGCAAUGCUCUCCUCAUACAAGUACUACUGCUGCUUCAGAAUCAUCUGAGCAGGAAAUCCUUUGCAGCAUGGAAGGCAUGUGUGAUGAGAUGUUUGGCAGACCAAAGGAGUUUGAGAAACUCAUUCCUAGUAUGCUGCUCAAAGGAACUUCAGUUGCGUCAGAGGAGCCGUUGGCACCAAAUGGCUACAAGAGUAAAGGUUCAAGCCAUCGCUCCCAAAUCGUAGUUCUGAAGCCAAACCUUCAAAGGAAAAGUUUCACACCUGUUGUGUCAAGCCAAGAAGCAUCAAAAUAUAAGCAGAGGAGGGGUACACAACAUUCAAGGCCUCCGCACCAUAGUAAACAAUAUUCUCUGCAACUAAAGAAUGAAGUUCUGGAAGGAGAAGAGGGUAUAGCCACACAGAAGCUUAGAAAACAAACAGCUAAAAGUGGCAGCAGGAGGAGACAGUCCAAGGAGGAAUAUAACCUUGCAGUGGACACUGAGAGGACAAAAGUUGCUUCUACCUCUCAUGAUGACACCAUGCCCACUUAUUCAAGCAUGCAUUUUGCUGGACCAUUAGUGAGUAGGAAGGCCAGAAAGCACCUCUCUGAAAGAUGGCAAAUGGCCUGCCAAUCUGUUUCAGAAAAUUCAAUUCCCAAAGGAAUAACAACAUUAGGUGAAAUGCUCGGACUUUCUGCUGGAGAUGCAACAAAAGAAUCCUCCCACAAAGGAUCCUCAGAUCCAAACUUCAGUCGCUCGAAUGUGAGAGAAGUGCCAGCCAGCCCUCUUGGUAUUAGCAGUAAAGAUGGGUGGAAGCCAGGCAUUUACUGUGAAGAUGAUUCAAGGGGUGGUACGUCAAGGAAUUUUCCCAGGUCCAAGUCUCUUCCAGCCUCGUCGACCACCUCUUCAAAAUUAUCAGGCAGAAGGCAGUCGGCACCAACCUGUAGGUUGCCCAUUCUGAAAGAUAUAUUGAAUACACCCACUGAUGAAUCUGAAAAUACACCUGUCAGGAAGAGAUCACAAAUCAGAAAUGUAAAACAGAGAAACGGCAGUGCAAUUGCUCAUCUAGGAAAGGAAAACAUGCUACCUGAGAAAGAGAUUCAUGUAACUUUGGAAAACACAAGGCAUAGCAUCUGCAUCUCUGAUCUCUCUCGGGCAAGCAAUAUAUAUACUGAAAAAUACCCUGAUGACGCUAUCAGAACUGAGGAUCUACAAAAAUCUGAUUCUGAUGUUCAACAGGAUGACAAGAAAAAAUUGGAAGUUCAUAUGGGGUGGACAUACCAGACGCUAGCAACAUCUUUUCCAAAGACAAAAGAAGUUCUAAUGAUUCAGAAUCAGGAUAACAUAGCAUUGGAGGAGGGAAGAAGCCCAUCAGUGGAGAUUGACGUUGCUCAAGUUGACACUCCAGCAACACAAUCAGUGAGUAUUGCAAGUGGGGAGAGUUGUGAAUGCUCAAGUCCAAGUCCAACUACUUCAUCACCACGAAGUUUUGGUGAAGGGACUUCUUAUUCUGGAAUCUUCAAAAGCAUCAAUGUUGGUAUUGAAGGACUCAGAGCGCAACUGAAGAUGCUGAAGAUGGAGGAAGACCAAGAUGACAUCUGUGGAGACUAUUCAGAUACACAGUCAACUGGUGAGUGCAACAAUGUGGACAUCUUAACCUACCAAGUGACAGAAGAGCAGUUACCCAUAUUCAAGGAUGAGGACGGCAGGGAUUUAUGUUAUGUUAAGGACAUGCUUGCAAGCGUGUGUGAAUUACCAGACUACCCAGAAGAUUGGCAAGUGGGCUCAGAUGUGUUUCUUUGGCUUGAAAACAAGUAUAGCAAGCUGCUCCUUUGGUCGAAAUCGGAAAGGAAACUUCUAUUUGAUCUUGUAAACUCUAUCUUGGCUGACAUGACAACUCCUGACAACAGUUUGCAUUCAAAGGUUAUGAUGAAGUUCUGGCCUGAAAUAGAUCACGAAGAGUUAGCUGAAAACGUCUGGCAAGUGGUGAAGAAGCGAAGUAACUAUGAUCCAUUUGCUUUGGAGGAUGUUCAGCCUUUGCCACUGGAUCACCGUUCUGAGCUAAAAGUGAUUGAAAUGAAGGUUUCCAGGAUGAUCCAUGAUGAUAUUAUAAAAGAUUCUAUUGUCGAAUUCCUGUCGCAGGAGAGCUACCUUGUUAACAACUGAAGUUUAGGGUAGUAACGGUUAGGGUUGUUGACCUAAUGAAUAGCACAACCUGCUGCAAACCACUAGUUUGCGAGAUGGUUUACUAUGUAAUAUGUGGAGGGUCAACAUUUGAUUGCCUUGAAUAUGGAGCCUUGUAAAAGUAUAUGGAGCUAUGGGAGCAAUGCACCUCUGGGUCCAACUGUAUCUUGUUUAUUUGCAUUGUUUCCUUUGCAUCUAGUGCAGCUUAUGCUGGUUUUGUGAAUAAACCAUGGUAAGUCAGGUUCAAGAUGCGUGGUUGUACUACUGUAAGGGAGCCUGGACUACUGAGAUUGAAUUGCUUGC